ACAUCGUCGAAGUACAAUCAUGAUACGCUAGCUAUCCAGUUGGUGCUGAAAACCAAUUACGUUCUACAAUAUGAUAUCGAUUUGAUUACAGACGAGGACAUUAUGUUAAACCCAAAGGUAACCCUUUCUGCGCAUGUCCUUUCUUAUCACAGCGACAGUGUAUAGACGUGCUGAUUGUUAUUGGAGUAAAAAUUGCCGAACUCAGAGGACCAAACCACUUCAUGUAA